CGCCGGCGGUACAAUUUUCAGGCCCAACGUUCGUCGGGUCCCCUGGUGUGACAUCCUCUGUUUCAACAACUCGACUCGCCCCUCCUGAUGUCUCGGAUACACCCAUGGCAGAUUUGGCACAAACCUCGUCUCAUGUGGCCACUAAUGUUACGAACAUCGUUACUACAAAGCUGCAGAAUGUUGAGGAUUACAGUACGUGGCGCACUCAGUUCGAGUCUUUUCUUGUGUCUCAAAGUCUUCUGGGCAUGGUGGAUGGCUCGAUUCAGGCGUUGGUUCGAGUUUUGUGUCAUUUGGAGUCAAAAUCAGGAAUUUAGAGUUCGGCACUGGCGCUUGAGGAAAAUCGGGAUGAUUCGAGAUGCAUUCGAGAGUGGAUUGAGAGCUUUGGAGGUCACCGGGAGGUUCACGAUGAAGAUUUGAUGACAAAAGAGCUCUAGGAUUGGUGGCUAUAGAAUCAAAAGAAGAUGAAUGAAGCUGGAAAACGACGAUCAGGAUGACCUUUGGUCAAUCGUUCAAGCAUAUCUCUUUGUAUAAGCAUCCAAAUGACACGAUUCAAGUUGUAUAUGAAAGCCAACUUCAAGGGCUACAAAUCAUAUGAAGACAUCGUUCCGAGAAUCGGAGAGGAUCAAGGUGAAAACAGAUGAUGAAGUCAGAUGAUCUCUGCUGCGAUUUCAGAAUGACACCUUCCACCAUUUUGGUCAUAUCUCUUGAUUGGAUGAUUCAAAUCACAUUCGGCAAGUUGGGGUGGAUAGAGGACUUCAUUAUAUACAACUUUGAUGAAGGAAGUUUUGUCAAAAUCGGACUAGAAAAAAGGCUGAAGAGCACGGACGCACGACCGUGCGUAAAAGGACGCACGAUCGUGCGUAAGAGCCAUCAACGCGUCAACUAAUCUGCCUGCUACGCACGAUUGUGCGUGGCAAGGUACGCACGAUCGUGCGUACACCCGAGACGCGGAUUUCAGCCCUUUUUUAGUCCCAGUUCAGCCCAAACUCAUCUGUUUUCUAUAAAUAAUACCCCCAUACCCAUAUUUUGAUGUUACGAACAUUACGGAGAGGCCUAGGGACGAAUUUAACACCGUUUUUACGCUAGUUUCUUCCAAGACCCUGGGAUUAUUUGUAAGUUCAUCUUUUUA